AUGGAGCCAUGCAAGGGAGACUAUGUUGAAUCCGCAAAAGAUGAUAAUAAGAGUAGCCCCAUUUCAGUGAUGAUUUCGGACCCACGAGCCUUUGAUUGCUGCAUUUGUUUUCAACCUUUAACUAUUCCCGCAUUUCUGUGUGAUAAUGGUGGCCAUAUUGUUUGCUCUACCUGUUGCGAUAAACUUGGGAAUAAGUGUGACAAGUGUUCAAAAGACAUUAUCUUAAAACAUUGCAGUGCCUUUGACAAUCUAUUGAAAUCUAUCAAGAUAUCUUGUUCAAAUGAAAAAUAUGGAUGCAAGGAGACAAUAAGUUACAUUGACAAGAAGAUGCAUGAAGAAAAAUGCAUCUAUAUUCCAUGUUACUGUCCUCUUUCUGGCUGUGACUUUGUCGCUUCAUAUGAUAAGUUAUCCAACCAUUUCACCAAUAAACAUGGUUAUUCUCUAAUCAAGUUUUCUUAUGAUCACUCUUUCAUUGCCUUCUUGAAGUCCAAUGAUGAAGUUCAGGUCACUGUUCUUAAAGAAAAAAAUAAUGGAAAACUAUUUUUUCUCAAGACUAAUACUACAAGCAUGGGAAAUUCAAUCAAUAUUAGCUACAUUGGUCCUAAAUCCUCCGCGAACUAUUAUUGUUACGAUAUUUUAGCAAGGUCCGAGAUAUGCAACUUGAAGUUAGAGUCUUCCGAAAAGAAUUUCCAACAGGUUGAUUCAACAACUCUUUCACCAGAGUUCCUUGUAAUCCCAUUUGGUUUUUUUGGUUCUUCCAAAAAUCAUCUCAAGCUAGAAAUUUGCAUAAACCACAAGAUACAAAUCUUCGUAGCCAUCACAAGGAGAUGGAGUCGUAAGAUGAUUUCCUUAAAGGUGGAGAGUUCAGACACGAUAGCCAAUCUGAAGUUGAGGAUUUGUGAGAUGGAUGGGCUCCCAGUGGAACAACAACGCAUGAUGUUUGGCAAUAAACAACUAGAUGAUAACCUCACCAUUGCUGAUUAUAGUAUCAAAGCCAAAUCAACUAUCCAUAUUGUUUCUAGUGCGACUUCUUAA